AUGUCAGAUGAACAACCUGACUAUUCCAAACUACCUUUGGAGGAACGUUUAGUUCAUAAGGUGUGGAAAGCUCGUUUAGAAGCCUAUCAAGAGAUUACAAAAGAUUUUGAAAAAAGUCCAAAUGAAGAGAGCGAUGUUUUCACCCCAUUCUUGUCAAAUCCUGAAUUAUUUAAAAAAAUCGUCACUGAUAGUAAUGUCGUUGCACAAGAGUCUGGUAUUGCAGCCUUGAAUGCUUUUCUUGAAUUUGGUGGUCCAAGGGGUGCAAUGAAGCUAAGAUCACAAGUAGUAACGGGAUUAUGUGAAAAAGGGUUGUCAUCCUCAAGGGCAGGAACCAAACAGAAGACUAUUGACGCGUUACUUUGGCUCAUUGAAUUGGAUAUACCUGAUCCUGUGAUUGAACAAAUGAUACCUUCUUUAUCCGCAAGACUUCCAAAACUAGUUUCUGGUACAGUGAAGGCUCUAGCUGAUAUUUAUACAGCGUUUGGUGCUCAAACAAUUAGCCCUAAGUUAGUUCUCCCAAGUUUGCCAAAAUUAUUUUCACACGCAGAUAGAACAGUCAGAGCUGAAACUUCAAACUUGACAGUUGAAUUAUAUAAAUGGAUGGGUCCAGCACUGGAGCAAGUCUUGUUUGCUGAGUUGAAACCUGUUCAACAGAAGGACCUAGCUGCAGCUUUUGAGAAAGUUAAAGAUGACAAGCCAACCCAGACUAGACUUUUGAGAUCACAACGUGAAGCCAUGGAAUCACAAACUGCUCAAAAAGAGUCCAAUAAUGAAGGUGCCGAUGAUGAUAUUGUUAUGGGUGAUACUGAGGAGGCAGGUCAGCUUGAUGCUUACGACUUAAUGGAUCCUGUUGAUGUUCUCUCAAAAAUGCCUACUGAUUUGGCUACAAAGAUUGCGGCUCCUAAGUGGAAGGAUAGACUAGAUGUUAUGAAUGAAGUUCACCAAGCUAUAAAUGUAAUCAAGUUAGCAGAUGAUGACUAUUUAGAGUUGGUGAGAAUUUUCGCAAAGUGCUUGAAAGAUGUCAAUAUUCAAGUCGCAUCUGUUGCAGCAAACUGUAUUGAUUGUCUUGCUAAAGGAUUAAGAAAAAAGUUUCACAAGUAUUACCAAAUAGUGUUAAAUCCUUUAUUAGAAAGAUCAAAGGAAAAGAAACAAAGUGUUUUGGAUGCUUUAAAUGGUGCACUUGAUGCUGUUUUUGAAAGUACAUCAUUAUCAGAUAUUUUAACUGACACUUUGGAGGCUAUGAAACACAAAACUCCUCAAGUGAGACUGGCUUCUUCACAAUAUUUGAUCAGAUGUCUCAAAGAAACCAAAACUGCUCCAACAAAGCCGGAGAUUGAAAGCAUUAUAACUACAUCAAUCAAAUUGGUUGGGGAUACAUUACCAGGGGUUAGAACCAAUGGAUUUGAAGUUGUUGGUACAUUGAUGAAAAUUACCGGUGAAAGAGAAUUGAAUCCUUAUUUGGAGAAAGUGGACGAUAUUAAAAAAAACAAGAUCAAAGAGUUCUAUGACGUCGCAGAAGUCAAGUCUAAGGUCACAGCACCAAAGCCCAAAGCUGCUGCACCUUCAAAACCAACUUCCUCCACAAGUUCUUCAAAAACUCCUUCAAAGGCUGCUAGUAUCAAGAGAAAGUCGUUAGUGGCACCAAAAGCAUCUUCGAUCUCCAAGUCAACUUUGGGCUCUACUUCAUCAUUACAGCAAAAGAAAAAACCUUUGACUGGCUCAUCAACAAUACCAUCCAAGAGGGGACCAACCUCACCAUUGAAGAAUGAUCCUGCAAGUACAAGAAUAGGUGCACUUGGGAACCGUGGCUUGACAGGCCGUUCAUUACAAUCCUCAACUUCGUCCACUUUGAAUAAUGUUCCAAGUAUAAAACAAGACAGUGGACUAAACGACGCUGAGAGAGCCGAAUUGGAGGAUUUGAGAAUACAGAAGCAAAGCUGGUUGAAAGAGCGUGAAAAAUUGAAUUGGCAAGUUCAAGAAUCAAUAGCUGAAAGCUCAAGAUUAAUGACAGAGAUUCAAACUAUUUCAAACAAUUCGGACAGAUUGAAUGAACAACAUACAAAUGAUGUGAUGACUAUCAAAUCUAAAGAAACCCAAUUACAACGAGCAAAUUCAGAUUUAGAGAUUUCACGUUUGAAAAUAUCACAACUUGAAAGUGAGAUAAUGUUAUUGAAGAAGCAAAGAAGUUCUACAAUGAAUACCUUUUCAACAUCCAAUGGGUUGGACCUUUCAUCGUCAUCUAGCUUGGAGAAUGAAAGACCAAGACAGUAUGCACCAUUACAAGAAUCAAAUGGCGUGAGAUCCUCAGUAAAUUCAGAGUUUUCAGCCAAAUCACCAACACUUGAUAAUAUAGACCAAAAAGUUGGUAAUUUGAGUAUAGAUAAUGAUCAAAAGGAGAAUAAUGGUCUAAGUAGGACCAUGUUGGAUACUAAUGAUGAAAGUUGGAGAAGGGCUGCAGAAGUGACUUCACAAUUGAAGGCAAGAAUAGAGAAAAUGAAAGCCAAGUCAAGAAAUACAAAUAAUAUACCUUCAUCAUCAGGAUAUAGAAGUUAA